AUGGAAAGGACAGAUGCGGAUCGGCGCGUUUUGCCCACGCCACACCAGCGUCUUGACCAGGACCCGUCGCGCUUGACGACGUUUCCAGUGCCUGGUUUCUUAGCUUCUACGUGCCAGGCGCCGGGCGAUGUUGCAGUGGGCAGAAGCGUGCUGGAGUCUGUUGAGGCGUCGCCGGUCGAGAUACGCGCGUUGCCUAUGUCGGUGAGCAACCAGUACUGGAUGCCAGACCACCUCUGUAAGGUGUGUUACGACUGUUCAGCUGCGUUUUCACUAUGGCGGCGGCGUCACCAUUGCCGACUAUGCGGGCAAAUUUUCUGCUACGAGUGCAGCAACUGCUUUAUAGACGGUACAUGUCACGGCUUUCCAGGUGCCAUUCGAGUGUGUAAAUUUUGUGUCCGACUCAACGAUGGUGCUAGUGAUGAGACAACGAAGAAGGAAAGCGGUCGCUUAGCUGAUGGUCCGGACGAACUCGAGAGAUCGAGGAAGUUCAUUCUUAGUCAUUUUGAUAGCUCACCCUGCCAACUGAGCGGUGAUUACGGAUGUGCCAAGCCAUCGCCCUUCGUGUUUGGCCCGCCCGUUGAGCUGAACAAGGUACGACUGUCAUUGAUGUCACCUGUCAACUCAAACUCAAGUGAUAGUAAAGCAAGGCUCGAGCAGCCAACAGACUCGACGCGCCUUACAGCAGAAUACAGCUACCUGUUUGAAGAAUUUGGUGCCAUAGACAGUCACGAGCGGUCGUAUAUACGGACACAAAGUAGAACGAGGCGAUCAAGCGCGGAACUGCUGAUCACAAUUGAAAGUGGAGGACCCGAUGCUAAAGUGCCGAAUCACAAGUGGCCAUACAAGUUGGUUUCUAAACAAGACGGCUCAACGCUUCCGAAAGAGAUACAGCGGGAACUUGGCGCACUAAAUACCACCAACCUCUCUCCACAUCGGGACCUUCUUUUGGAUGCAAACAUGCAAAAAGCGUACGACCAGAUUCGCGAUGGCAUUGGGCAUUCAACUUCUUCAAUAUGGAACAAUUUGUCCGAGCACGAUUCGAUUGAUAUGGAUCAUUUGGUUGAGACCUUGAAAGACGUGGCUUUUGUUGUGACGGGCCAUUUGCUGUAUAGCAUGAAUUUCCGCUCGAUACGUGGAUUCAACUACGCAAACCUUGUAAAAGUGAAAAGCAUCGCGAAGACUGCGAGAGUGCCGACAGAGAUAAAUCGAGGCUACGGUUUCAAAUGGCUGGCUGGAACCGUGUGUCACAAGCACCUGAGCCACAAGCAAAUGGCGCGUGAGGUCACAAACCCUCGUAUCUUAUUAUUUGCCUGUGGGAUAACCUACGGCCGGCCGAAUAGCGCUGGACGUAUGAGCUCCUUGGAUACGCUGCUGGAGCAAGAGAAACGCUACAUGGCCAUUUUGGUGGAAAAGAUAUCGGUGUUGGAGCCGGAUGUGAUAUUUGUGGAAAAAGCUGUCUCCAGACAUGCCCAAGAGCUCUUAUAUGAACGCCGCAUAUCGAUUGUUCUCAAUGUCAAGGAAGAAAUACUGCACCGAAUUGCUCGCCAUACUGGAGCCGAGGUUCUGACUUCUGUAGACCAUGUGGAUAAGGCCAAUCCAGAAAAAGUUAUCGGCAGCUGCCGGUCAUUUACUGUGAAGUCAAGCCCUGUAGUCCUGGAUGAGAGACGAGCAAAAAAGCCGUUGGAGACCCUCGUAGGUGCGUUCGCGAAGACACCUGCGGCGCCGGGCCGUAUGCGGACGGACACUUACCUGUACCUUGAAGGGUGUGAUCCACUUAACGGUUGUACCGUGCUGAUAACUGGGCCAUCAAAGCAGACAUUGCGCCUACUGAAGCGUCUUACUCGUGAUGUGCUGUCUAUGACGUAUCACCUGCUUUUGGAGGCGCAUGUGCUAUCCGAUCUAGACUUAGGCAAGAACACGCUGGUGUCGUCAAAAGGAAGUGCAGGACUUGUUGACGAACAGUGUGCUACCUGGUGUACGACGUCGACACUACGUGUUCGUGACCCUGGAUCUCCGAAUCCUCGUUACCGUCAAUGCGCUGAAGCCAAACAUCUUCGCAUUACAGCUCGCUCGAAUGACGAUAUAUCGUUCGGCAAUUUUUUGUACCAAGAACUGGCAGCGCUCUCCCUAAAAUGUCAGAAUGUCAAGUGCAAUCAUUUAAUGGCAGAUCACGUUCACGCGUUCAGCUGUCGGACAGGAACCAUAACGAUUUCGUUCGAAAAGUUGCCAGACAAAAGCAAACCACCAUUCUCUUUGUCAAAAAUGAGCCACGUAAGCUUCAGUGAGGCGACCGACAAAACUUUUGACUCAUUUAGUGAGCUAUCGCGCACGAUGGACUCCAUCAAUCUGCCGCUGUUGAUGACUCCACGUUCCACUAUUCAUACACCCAGAAGCGAUGGUGAGCCCGAAACAAAGGUGGGAAUCGGGUAUCCGACAUUGGCUUUUUCGCGAUGGUGUCGUGUGUGCAAUGCUGUGGUUACACCUUUUGUACCGCUGGCGAAGUACGUGUACAAGUACUCGUUUGCAAGACUCUUGGAAGUAUUGUUCUCCGAGGCGGAACGAUUCGUUCUACCGAAGCCAUCAAGCACGUGUACACACACCUCGAAGGAGUCGCGAGUGCUUUUUUUUAACAUCGGCGAGUCUGUGGCACGCUUUGACUUCUCGAGGCAAGUAUCGCUUCGUCUGGACCGCACGGAGUUCAAACACAGUAAUGAUACUCUUCAGACCAAGGCAUCGUUUGCUGAAACCGAGCGGGCGUUUGCGAAGAAGGAAGUCACGACUCGUAUUGAAACACUAAAGGAGCUUUUAGGAUUGCUCAUCAGUACAUUUGGAGAGAAGAUUCGAAAGAUCAACCAAGCGGUGAAAGCAUUUGAGAACACAAUCUCGGGUCACUACACCCGAAUGAUUCUUGAAGCUGUGUGCAUUUCCAAAAUCGUACGAAGCGGUGACGCAGUGUUCACACAUAAAUUGGCGCUAAUUGAUGGAGACCUUGCCGAAGUUUUGAGUGCUUGCGACACUUUUCAGCGGGCACUGUAUUUGGUGGCGUGCAAAUGGAUUGCCUGCAUGCUACGCCUUCGCGAAUCGAUUAUGAAACAUCUUGCGACGGAGGUGGCCCCAGUAGCGUCACACAGUAGGUCGUUUACGCUUGGAGGGAAUGCGCUUCUUCCCCCUACCUAUCGGUCAACAACUGAAUUACCGAAUGUGGUGGAAGAGUCAUUCCUGCCGUCUUGUACCACAGACACUGAGUCGAAUGGUGGUAAAGGCACUGACCCGCUGGCCGGUGGAAGGCGUACUGAUGCUUUAGGUCACAUACAUACUUCGCAACCGGUCACAGAUGACGCAGUGAUGCUAUCGUCUUCACCAACUCUUGAAGAAUUCGACUCAUCGGAGAGAGCAACGAUGCCGUUCCCCGAUGCUUCUAGUGCUGAGGAAGAUGGAAAAGAGGGUGGAUGGAAAAAAGCUCUGUGGGACCUCUGCCACAUUCUUGGCCAGUCUGAACCAGCAAGUGAAUGUAGUAUUGACUUUCCUGACGCGCUCACUGCUGGCCACCCGAGCCUCCCCCAUCAGUCAAAGUCUCGAGUGGUCCUCGUUGAUGAAGCAAAACCCAUAACGAACGUCGCGUAUGCUUUAUCAACAGCUUCCUAUGAAGAGGAGCUGGACGGGUGGAACAUUCGCAUGCACAGUGAAGCAGUUGGGCCAGUUGCUGUGCAAAACAAACAAGAAGCACAUGUUGCGAACGCGACAUCUAUGAACGUGUCUCGCGCGGCGCUCGAAACGUCUUUGAACGCGCCGUUCAAGUUUGAAACAGAAGAUAUGCCACUACACUUGUCGCUCUCCUCCCGCGAAACGGCGUCGACAUCAUCAAGCACAUGCUGGGAAUUUUCAACGAUUGUGCACUACCCACUACAAUUUGAGGUUCUUCGAGAGUUAUUUUACGGUAGUGACCCAAGCUAUGUAUUCUCGAUUGCGCACGUGGAAAGCUGGAAUACAAAUGGCGGCAAAUCCGGUGCUUCGUUCUAUCGAACGUUGGAUGGACGCUUUAUUGUCAAGCACAUCUCGUUGAUUGAAAUGCAGAGUUUUCUGGGCUGUCUGCCUGCAUACUUCACGUACGUGGCAAGCAUUUACUACGACGGUCGAGCGAGUUUGUUGUCAAAGACCGUCGGACUCUACCAGACGACCGUGUCCCGCAGAGAUACCGGGGAGAAAAUGGUCUACUAUAUCUGCGUUAUGGAAAACGUCUUUUACCAAAAGCAGCUUACGCAGACUUUUGAUCUCAAAGGGAGCGCUCGAAACCGAAUGGCUAAGCCACGACACACUCCAGAGGCUUUCCACAAUGGUAAUCGUGUCCUCCUUGACGGCAACUUCUUGGAAGUUACAAGAGGUCGUUCAAUGGCUGUACUCGCCGAGGAUCAUCGGUACAUUUUAGAAGCAGUGCAGAAUGAUACUGCUUUUCUCAACUCCAUCAAGAUCGUGGACUACUCAAUGGUUGUGGGCCUUACACACCGAUACAACGACACUGGCGAGGAGGAAACUCUAUCUGGAAUGACUAUCGGUAUCAUCGACUACUUUCGUCAAUUUGACCUGAUCAAGCGUGUGGAGAGUGUUGGAAAAUCUGUCGGUAUGAUUGCUGGACAAUCUUCUCCGACAAUCAUUGAGCCGUGUCUGUAUGGGCAUCGAUUUCAAGCCGCCAUACGCCGGUACUUUAUGCCCAUAUCCCCAAUAUCAUCCGGCGCGAACGAUGAUAUCAAAGACUGCUGCUAG